AUGGAAAGGGGCUUGAGACAAGGUGACCCGCUCUUUCCGUUCUUGUUUGUGCUGGUUGUGGAUGUUCUGCAUAGAAUGGUUGGUGAGGCAGUUAGGAAUGGCCGCAUUUCUCCUUUGGUGGUUGGUCGAGACAGGGUGGAGCUAUCACACCUUCAGUUUGCUGAUGACACCAUUCUGUUUUGUCCACCAGAUGAUGAGACUAUGCAGAAUUACAAGCGGCUGCUGCGUUGGUUUGAGUUAAUGUCAGGGCUCAGUAUCAACUUCGACAAGUCCAGUUUGAUUCCACUCAAUUGUGAAGAGCAGUGGGUACAGCGUAUGUGUAGGUUGUGGGGUUGCAAGGAAGAUACCCUCCCUGUAAAAUACCUUAGAGUCCCUUUAGGAGCUAAUCCGAGGUUGAUUAAGACCCGGAAGCCUAUCAUUGAUAAGGUGGAGGAGAAACUAAACCUCUGGAAAGCUAAGGUGCUAAACAAAGCGGGAAAGCUGGUGCUUAUAAAAUCUGUCAUGAAUAGUUUGUCAGUGUAUUAUCUGAGCUUAUACAAGAUGCCAAAGGCAGUUGCUGAGAAGUUGAUUUCCUUGCAGAGAAUAUUUUUGUGGAGUAAGGAGGACGGGAGGCAGGGCAUGGCAUUGGUGAAAUGGGAGUUGGUGCAGGCCCCUAAGAAAUUCGGUGGGCUGGGAGUUGGAGAUGCUAUGAUUCGGAACGCCUCACUGUUGUUCAAGUGGUGGUGGCGUUUUGUGAAGGAAGAUUGCCCAUUGUGGAAGAAGGUGGUCUACUCAUGUAAUAAUUUGAGGCCGAAUGAGUUACUAUCCACUCAAGUGCUGCCUAUUAGAGGAGGCCCAUGGAAGGAUAUUUGCCAUAUAGAAUUCAAGGAGCAGCAUCUGAGGGAUAGGAUGAUUACAAGUUUGGCCAUAGAGAUCGGUGACGGCCGAAUGACUCGGUUUUGGGAGGAUGUUUGGUUGCAUUGUGGUUCUUUGAAAGAUCGAUUUCCCAGGUUCUUCUCUGUUUCAAACCAAUGUAGUUUGGCUAUUGGGGAUUGUGCUACAAGAAGGAAUGCUAUCAGAGGAUGUAACCAGCUACAGCUUCACGAAGACCAUCUGGAAAUGCUUGGUUCCACCAAGAGUGGAGUUGUUUGCUUGGUUUGUCCUGGUGUGGAGUGCAUGGAUAUCUGUGCUUGGCCGGGCCUGGAUUUUCCCGGAGUUACUGAAGGACCAUUUCCUGAGUUGGACAGAUGA